UGAAAAUGGACCAAUCAAAGGAAAAGCUUCUGAACGAAUCGAUCCUUUCGGAUGCUUCGUGCUGCGACAGAAUGAUGGAUGGGUUUGUGAGGAUUCAACCCAACGAGGAUGAAGCAGACCAAACUCACGACACAGUGGAUAAUGCUUGUGGUGGUUUGAUGAACAUGUCAUACGUUCCAACGAAUCCGGACAACCCCGAAUAUGCCACAAUAUUUAAACCCGAUCAGAUGGUACCAGAUUUCAUCCUCGGUCUACCACAUCACUGCUCAACACCGAAGAAAAACGGUCGUCCCUUGUCGAUGUACGAACCGUGGACACAGUCGGAACCGUUUCGUUCGCUUCCGGCGGAAAUGCAUCGUAGGACGGCAAAGCUAAUCGACAUUGAGUUUGACACGGAAGCGGCAGCCGUCGUUGCCGCUGCAUCACGAUCCUGUUGGGAAGCCGAGGAUGCGGACGAGUUUAUCACCACACUGGACGAGUCCGCCAUCCUGGACAUUGAAUCGUACGAGGAUAUAAAUCACAUCUACAGCCAACCCGGUGUCGGAUUCAAUUACAGUAAUAACAAUAACAUUAAUAACAAUAACAAUCACCAGAAAUUGAUCGUUGCGGCAGACGUUCAUCAGCAGGAGCCUCCAUAUCGGCCAUUGCAGCACGUGUUCGAGUAUCCGGCGCAUGAGCGAGCGGCCGAGCAAAAGUAUGAAGAGAUCGAAAUUUAUGCGACAGUUAAGAAAAAGCCUCGCGAACGUACGCCUCAGUCCGCGAUCGACCGUACGAUCGCGAUAGACACGCAGGCGCUACUGCUCGCCUCGGGUGGCAGUGGAGCACCGGUGGAGAAGUUUCCAAAAAUUAUGACCGCCUCCUGCUAUGGAGAGCUGCACAGCUACGGUGUCGCAUCGAUGGUUUCCGGUGGAUGGAACGAACCGGGCGCGAUUGUGAAGAGCAACGAGAAUCUGCUUGAUUCCGGCAAGGCGCUGUCGAUGAACAGUUCGUUUAUCGAUGAAUUGCAAUCGGGCAACAGCUCCUUUUACGAACCUAACUCGAUGAACUCGUCGUUUGAUUUGACGCGUUACUCGACGAACGAGAAGACGCGCGUACGCUGGUGGGAUGAUUUUACGGAGGAAACGGAAGCAAAGUUGCAGGAUAUUGGUGAGAAAGAUUUGGCAGCGAUCCGUAAGAUACUGGAAAACGAAACCGGAGGCGCCGUCUGCCCGAGCUGUCAGAUGCCGUUCGAUAAGGGUAAGAAAAGGAAGCUGAUCGACGCCUGCGGUCACGAACGGUGCUACUCGUGCAUGUUCCGGAACGAAGCCUGCCCGCACUGCCAGGCACAGAAGGAAUCGGUCCCGUCGAUACACCCGGCCCACCAUCCGGCAACGCGCAUGCAGGCGGAUAUGGACAACGAUAUUCUCUCGUCGAAUGGUGCUAUCUACCAACCGCUCAGCCGAAAGAUGCACGGGUAUGCCAGCAGCAACCAUCUGAUGUCACCGUUGGGAUCACCGCAGCCACAGAACCGAUCCCAGAUGCGAACGAACGGGCACUUUUCAUCGAUCUAUCAGACACCCGCCGACGUACUCGGUUCAUCGGAGCGCUACAAGCUAAAGGAUCGCCCACCCAAGUGUCCCCCGGGCGGCAAAACCGAAUCGCACUACGCCAGCAUCACCAGCACCGGUAUCGCCGGGACGGUAACCCAGCAACCGUCCGGCUACGGUGUGAUGAAGCCCCUGCAGCACCGUUCGGCACUCAAUAGCAGCAGUGAAAUUACGUCCAGCACUUGUGCGACACCACCGCAGAACCGUCGGCGUCUUUUCAGUCCCAAGAAUCUGCGCAGCCCGUUCGGUUACCGGCGCAGCAAUGGAAACGCGGAUAACUCCACACUGUCGGGGCUGGCCUCACUGCUCAAUCCGGCAACGUUUCACCGGGCAACGACGGCGGCCGCUAGCAAAAUUAGUCGUUCCAUGGCCCGUACUGCUGCUGGUGCCUCCGGACAGAUAGCAAGAGAUGGACCAGCUGGUAGUGGCGGUGAUGGUGGAGCUAGAGGAACUGUCGGUGGAGGUGGUAGUGGGUUCAAUCUGCUGGCCUCCCAUGGGCCACCGAACGGGAUUAGCAAGCGCCAGCGGAACGCUAAUGAUGGCCAUAAAUUUCAUCGACUCAGUCUCGGUUCGUCCGCGUCGAUGGUUUUCGGCAAAAUUAAAUCGCUCUGGUCGGCACAGGCGACGACGCUCAACGCGGGAUUGAAUCAAUUAGCAGAUGAUGAAGGAGGCAACGUAAAGCCGUUGGUGAUGAAUGGCAAAUCAAAGUCCUCGCAGGAUGAGCUACAGGUGCGACUUGGGCUCUUUCUCGAGAACAACUCGCGGCGCACUAAUCGCGGUGCGAAUCAAUCGUGCAGCUCCCUUACCUCCGCCAACACUAGCCCCGUAUCGACGCUGACCGGAUCUUCCGAGGCCGAUGUAUCCCGGGUACUGCAGCUACAGGAACCAAACCCUUACCACACUGGAUGUGAAUCGAUCGGUUCCAUGAUGUCGAUCUCCGAGCAGAGUAAUGCUUCUUCGAGCCCCGUCAGUAGACGCCAUUCGGUGACCACUUCACAGAGUGGCAGCAACGUGGAUGAACUGUUGGCGUUCAAGAGCCGCCGUACGACUGUGCGACGAUCGGCUCGUUCCGGACAGAUUAAGGGACCGAUUGAUCCGAAAAUUCGGUUCGCCCAGUACCGCCAGCAGCAGCAACAACAGCAACUCACCCUUAAGCCACUAUUCUUUGAGGUUCCUACCCACGAACCGAACCCACUGUUUAUCGGACGGCAUUGGCUGGUGCGAGAACUGUCCACCGCCAUCCAAUCGACCGAUUCACCCGGUGUGCUGUUGAGCGGAAAUCUUGGUACCGGCAAGACAGCGCUUCUGCUGCAGCUUGUAGAAUAUUCAUGUUUUGGACGGCGCAAAGAACUUCCAAUCCAGGAGAAUGAAGGCAUUUACUGCCAGAUCAACUUGGCACACGAUCGACUCCGUAGUUUGGCCUCGCACGUAGUGGCAUACCACUUCUGCCAGGCAGACAAUAACUCCACCUGCCUCAUACCGGACUUUGUGCAUUCGCUCGCAGCUCAACUGUGUCAAGCACCGCAACUGGCCGCCUACCAUGAGUUCCUGCUCGGUGAGCAUGCUCUGCAGCACGCCCUCAGCGUAAAGGAAUGCAUCGCCAACCCGGAACGAGCAAUGACGAUGGGUAUACUGGAGCCUUUAGCAGCGCUUCGCCGUACCGGAAAGAUCCCAGCCAAAAACUGUGUCAUUCUGGUGGAUGCUUUGUGCGAAGCGGAGUACCAUCGUCCGGACCAUGGUGAUACGGUUGCUUCCUUCCUACAGCGGAUGAGCGAACAUUUCCCACCCUGGCUGAAGGUGAUAGCGACUAUCCGCACACAGAUGCUCGAAUUCUGCAAAGGUUUGCCAUACACGAAGAUGAGUCUGGACAACUGGGCGACGAACGAGAUGCUGCAGAAAGACAUCAUCGAGUACAUUACGUAUCGCAUCAACCAGAGCCAGAGUAUACAGCAAAAUGUGGCCGGCGGGAAGGAGAUUGUCAACACGAGCGCGCAUUUCAAGUUUGCCCAGCAUUUGCUUGCCCUGUCCAAGGGUUCGUUCCUGUUCGCGAAACUUACGCUCGAUCUGAUCGAGCGUGGAAAUCUGGUGAUCAAGUCAAGCAGCUUCAAAGUGCUACCGGUAUCGCUGGCACAAAUCUUCCUGCUUAACUUCAAUCUUCGCUUCCCAACCACCACCGCUUACGAUCGCAUCUCCAACAUUUUAGCAGUCUGUCUAGCCGCUCUCUAUCCGCUUACCCUAACCGAGAUCUUCUACUCACUAAAUGCACUCAUUGCGAGCGAAUCGCAGACGGACCCGGAAGCGGGAUCAUCACAAAAAACCGCAUCUGAAUCGGAAGGCAUGAUCGAUUGGGAUGAGUUCCUGUGUCGAUUCAAAACGCUCAGCGGCUUUCUGGUCAAGCGUCUGGACGACACAUACAUGUUCUUCCAUCCAUCGUUCAGGGAGUGGCUGAUUCGGCGCGAAGAUGGCGAAAGCACCAAGUUCCUGUGUGAUCUACGCAACGGCCAUGCAGGUAUAGCGUUGCGGCUAUCCCGCCUACAGGCACCGCUCGAUCCGGAACAGGCACUCGAGCUGGGUCAUCACAUACUCAAGGCACAUCUGUAUCGAAACGCUCCCUCGCAUCAAUCGCCACGCGAUCUUCAGGCCUAUUGGGUUGCCUCCGUAACGGCAUGCGUAUCGUCCGCGCUUACCACGCUACGCAACGUGUACAGUCCGAAUGUGAAAGUUUCGCGCCUAUUACUACUUGCCGGUGCGUCUCCCGAUCAUGUCACACCGUUCCUUGGCAGUGCGCCAAUCCUGUGCAUUGCGUCACAUGAGGGCAUACUGCCGAUGGUCAAUCUGUUGCUCGAAUUCGGUGCUAGUGUGGAGCAAACCAACAGUCAAGGAUGCACACCGUUGAUAUUAGCUUCCGCUCGAGGACACUGUGAUGUAGUUCGGCAGCUGGUAGCUGCCGGAGCAUUCCUCGGACAAACGGAUACUUCGCAAAGGUGCGCUUUGGUACACGCGGCCAUUGCUGGUCGGUUGCAGGUGGUGAAGUAUCUCGUUGCCUGUGACUGGAUACCACGACCCGCAAGCAACGAUGUUACGCUGGAACAGGCGGCCCAACAGGCUCUUACGGCAGCCGCCGGUCAGGGUAACACGGACAUUGUGGAGGAUCUGCUCGAUAUGGGUGAGGUACAGGUGAACCGGUUGGAUGUAAUUACCGGAGAAACGGCACUCACGACAGCUUGUGCCAAUGGCCAUACGGAAACGAUCGCCACGCUACUGAACCGAGGAGCUUCACCUGAGGUACGCAAUCGGAAGGAGAUGGCACCAUUGCUGAUCGCGGUAAAGGAGGGUCAUUGGGCGAUCGUGGAACGAUUGCUACAGCAUCCGGCCGACUGUGAGCAGACGGAAACGAACAGCAAAACGGCUCUGAUGAUUGCAGCCGAGGAAGGUCACGUAGGCAUCAUUGAAUUGCUGUUGAGUCGAGGUGCAUCAUUAACGGCACAGGACAAGGAUGGCCUGACGGCUCUGAGCUGGGCUUGUUUAAGAGGCAAGCAACAGGCGGCCAAAUGUUUGCUGGAACGAGGAGCUGAUAAGCAGCAUGCCGACGGGACUGGACGUACUCCGCUGGAUCUGGCCGCUUACCAGGGUUCGGCUUCGCUCGUACAGAUGCUACUCGAUCACGGGGCACAGAUUGAACACGUUGACAUCAAUGGGAUGCGUCCGCUCGAUCGUGCCAUUGCCUGCCGUAACGUACAGGUUGUGCAGGUGUUCUUGAAGCGAGGCGCUAAGCUCGGUCCCGCUACUUGGGCCAUGGCGAACGGGAAGCCCGAAAUAAUGCUGAUAUUGCUGAACAAGCUACUGGAAGAUGGCAACACACUGUACAGGAAGAAUCGCUUGCAGGAAGCAUCCCAUCGGUAUCAGUACGCGCUGAAAAAGAUUCCAACCUCACCUGGCUCGGCCAGUAGUGAUGCCAACGGUAAUGGUGUUUGCACGAUGGUUACCGACCCGCUCACCGGAAGUACAGUCCCGGACAGCAACAAUAACAGCCACAACAACAACAAUGUGGCUACUUUCCAACAGUUGCGGUUUAAUUUCUUGCUCAAUCUGUCUCGCUGCAAGCGAAAAAUGAACGAUGUAGCGGAAGCGAUCGAGCUAGCGCGGCAAGCGAUCGAGAUUAAACCGAACGCGUACGAUGGAUAUUAUGCCCGAUCGAAGGCACUGAUGGAACAGGGCAACUAUAGCGAUGCAUUGCGGGAUGCAUCCGCCGCACUAGCCCGUGCCCAACCGACUACGGCGGAAAUUCGUGAAACGCUUACACGCUUGCACGGUGACUUGCAGAAGCGUCAGAUGCAGGUGAUAGCUGACACGGCCAAAUCGGCUAUCGCCAGUGUUGGCUUGUCGACAGUCGGACCCGCGCCAAUGGAUAGUGUUAGUACACGAUCUGGUUCUGUCCACAGUGGUCGCUCGUUUGCUGAAUCCAUGGACAUUAUUACCGAUCUGUGA